AUGACACACCCGACGCUACAAAGAAAUUCAUAUCAACCAACAACUUAUUAUCAAGAUUCUCUUGCAACUACCUCAUCUCGACCAAUACAACCACCACAACCAGUUCAAAAUCUUCCAGGUUCCUUUCCAACUAGAAACGCAUAUCCACAUCCUUCACUUCCCGAUACUCAGUCUUUACCUCAUUACCAACUUUCUUCACAUCAAUACCAAAAUACACAUUCUCAUGGACCAUCUGCACAACAAACGUCACCACAACCGGUUCCCUAUAUUCCAGAAAUGGCUGGAGCUAGAGGAUCGCGACAGGAUGCAAAAGGUGUACUUAAAAAAGAAAUGUACGAAUAUAGGGCACCUUGGCCCGUAUAUGGAUUAGAUUGGUCCAAACGUCCUGGCGAAAAAGCUUUUAGACUUGCGUUAGGAAGUUUCAUCGAAGAUUAUGCUAAUAAACUUCAAAUUAUUACAUUAGCUGAGUUAGCAUACGAUAAUCCCUAUAAUCGUGUUUCCAAUGUUGACUUCGUUAAAGUAGCUGAAAUCGAUCAAGAUUAUCCUAUUACCAAAGUUUUAUGGGAACCUUAUAAGGACAGCUUAAAAACUCCGGAUUUAUUGGCAACAGCUGGAGAUUAUUUACGAUUAUGGGAAGUAAUUGACGAUGUAGGAAAUCAAAGUAAUACAAUUGGAGCAAACAAUUAUACUGGUUUCAGACCUCAACGAUUGAUACAUAAAACUUUGUUGACUAAUACUAAGGCUGAUUUCAACGCUCCAUUAACAUCUUUUGAUUGGAAUGAAACUGAUCCAUCAUUGGCUGUUACUUCUAGCAUCGACACAACUUGUACUGUGUGGAAUAUUGAAACGAGACAAGCAAAAACUCAAUUGAUCGCUCAUGAUCGCGAAGUUUAUGACGUUGCUUUUGUUUCAGGAACUACGGAAGUAUUUGCUAGUGUUGGUGCUGAUGGUAGCGUUAGGAUGUUUGAUCUAAGAAAUCUCGAACAUUCCACCAUCAUUUACGAAACAGUGAUGCCACAUCACUCUCAAACUAGCAUAUCUCAUCCCCCACAACCUUCACCUCUUCUCCGGUUAUGUUUUAACAAAAUCGAUCCUAAUUAUUUAGCCACUUUCCAUAUGGACUCUACGGAUGUUCAAAUAUUGGAUGUUAGAGUUCCUGGUGUACCUGUUGCGGAAUUAAAAGGUCAUUCAGGGACAGUAAAUUGUGUUAAUUGGGCUCCUAAUCAUAGUGGAUUUCUAUGUAGUGGAGGUGAUGACUCUCAAGUUCUUGUAUGGGAUGUUUCUGGCAUGUCAACUCAUAAUUCUGGACUUCCUAAUAAUUAUAAUAGAUAUAAUCAUAACCAAGAUCCUCUCUUGGCUUAUAAAGCUAAUAACGAAAUUAGUCAAUUAAGUUGGAGUACGAGGUGUCCAGAUUGGGUGGCAAUUGGAUUUGGAAGUACUGUGCAAGCAUUGAAAGUGUAA